CUUUCUCGUGGUCAAACAAAAAUCAAUAGUAAAGUUCUGUGUUUUUGGCACAUUCAGAAGAGGAGAAAAGAGAGUGAGAGUGAAAUGGGAAGUCUUAGAAACCCCAGCUUAACUUUAUUACCAACAAUUCCAUCACUUGAAAAUGGGAUUAAAAGCAAAUUCAUUUCCAAUCUCGCUUUUCCUGAAUCAAAGUUUGCAUCUUUACAACGAAAAUCUGGGAUUUACUGCAAAUUAUCUGGUGAUGGAACUCAAGAUAAUCUCAUAAGUAAUUCCACAAUCACAAAAUCCAAGAAAAGUAGUGUGGAAGAGUAUAAUAUUGCUAUGAAGAAAAUGAUGAGAAACCCAUAUGAGUAUCACCAUGAUCUUGGAAUGAACUACACUUUGAUACUUGAUAACUUGAUUGUGGGCUCACAACCUCAAACACCAGAAGAUAUUGACCAUCUGAAGCUGAACGAAAAUGUAGCAUACAUUCUGAACUUGCAGCAGGACAAGGACAUUGAGUAUUGGAAUAUUGACUUUGACUCCAUACUGAAUCGCUGUGAAGAAAUUGGGAUAUGUCACAUGAGAAGGCCUGCUAAAGAUUUUGAUCCAGAUUCUUUGAGAACUAUGUUGCCUAGAGCUGUUUCGUCAUUGGAAUGGGCCAUUUCAGAGGGAAAAGGAAGGGUAUAUGUUCAUUGUACUGCCGGACUUGGGAGAGCCCCGGCUGUUUCAAUUGCUUAUAUUUUCUGGUUCUGUGGCAUGGAUUUGAAUAAGGCAUAUGAUAAACUUACUUCACAAAGACCUUGUGGACCCAACAAAAGAGCAAUACGUGGAGCAACUUAUGAUCUUGCUAAAAAUGAUCCUUGGAAGGAGCCAUUUGAGAGUCUUCCAGAGCAUGCUUUUGAAAAUGUAGCAGAUUGGGAAAGGAAGCUGAUUCAGGAGCGUGUUCGUUCCUUUCGUGGAACAUGACGUAGUCACAUGGACCGGUAAAAGCAAUUAGCUUGAGAGCGCAUGCUGCAAAGUCGGUUGAUUUUGUAAAAUCAUCAUAAGAGCUCCUCAUUGGAAAGAACAGUAAUAUCGUGAAGUCAUCAUAUAAAACUGGCUUUUCAGGUGGCUGAGAAAAUGGCAGAGUCUGAAUGUAGUAGUGUACUAGUACCUCACAUAUCUGAGUACGUGUGGAACCUAUCUCUGUAUUAAGUUAUUCGUAGCUCGGCGUUAUGGCGUAUAACAUGGAAAAGUGAAAUAAAAAUACGAUGAUGGAGAUAAUAACCAUUCAUACAUCUUCAAUGUAUAUGUAUAAAACUCUUUCUAGCGGUAAAAUUACUUAAAACUAGUCUCUUGAGCUGUUGAUUAAUGAGUCAGUGUUCCUGAAUCCCAAUUAUGGCGAAAUAUGGAGGAAUAGAGCUCACCCUAGAAGUGAAGAGUUAAAAUGUUCGUUAACCAGGUUUCUUGGUGUAGUUCUAGUAUGAUUUACUAGUGUUUCCCAGAAGAACUAUUAUGGAAGAAAGAGAAUUAUGAAGUUAAUUUUCAACAAGUGAGGUUUUUAGCCCCACCAAGAUAUUUCCCUCUAGUUUAUGCAAAAUGCUUCAUUUUUUGUUUGA